UAACCAUCGGUGGGAUUGUGUCGAUCUUGAGGAAAUAAAAAAGCAUAUUAUUAUAAAAAUGAGAGCUGUAAAGCGAUGGUUGAUGGAUGUUUUUGCCGUAUUACAAGCAAAACACGCAGUGGCGCGUCACCAUGGAGACGCUUAAACAGCCAGGGAGCCAAUGGAGGGCCGCGGUGCGGUGUCUGGUUACUCCCGUUCAGCCCACGCAAGACAGGCGAAGGGAGGAGUUAGUUAGUCCGCUCUCUUUUUCUCAGCAGUUAUGGUAACUUGGCCGGAUGGAAGCGACUAAAGUGGACGCGGCUGGUUGAUAGUGGUCGAACUAUAUAUUUGUGGAACUGCAGCCACACUUGGAGCGGACCUACUCACCGCGGAGAGCAACCUGUUGUCCGCUUGCCUCUGCCUGCCUCGCCGCCACUCACCAAGCCAAGCACCCCUGCCCAAGAUGUUGCUUUGUGGAUGGGAUGGCGUCUCGUCCCGUUCGUCUGCCCACUCGUAGCCUCGCUGGAGAAGCAACUUUUGCCACCUGAUUUAAUAAUUUUGUAGAGCUUCUCUGCACCGGGAAGAUGCACGUGUCUCUGGCUGAAGCCUUGGAGGUCCGAGGAGGUUCGCUCCAGGAGGAGGAGGUCUGGGCGGUGCUCAGCCAGAGUGCAGAGAGCCUCCAGGAGCUCUUUCACAAAGACCCUUCAGCGAUGGGCUUUAUCAUCUCCCCGUGGUCCCUCCUGCUCAUGCCCUCCGGCAACAUCUCCUUCACAGACGAGUAUGUUACCCAGCAAGACCUAAAAGCCUUCACUGCCCCCGAAGUUCUGGAAGGGAACCCUCUGACGUCAGUCUCAGACAUAGAGAAGAUGCACAUGUACUCUUUGGGGAUGACGCUGUUCUGGGGUGCGGACUACGAGAUCCCCCAAAGUCAGCCCAUGAAGUUGGGGGAACACCUAAACAGCCUGCUCCUGAACAUGUGUGAUGACGUUACGUUGAGCCGAAUGUCGCUGCGCACGGUGCUGGACAUCUGCAGCAAGCACAUUCGAAACUCAAGUUGUGACCCUCCCUUCUCUUAUGUCAGAAAACUGGUCCGGUUGGUGCUGGGCAGCCUUUCCCAGCUGGACGGCCUGCUGACUGACAGGGAGUCUCUUCCUGAGCGAAGUAAAGAAAUUCGGGAGAGACUGAAAGGGAAAGGUUUGCCUUCAGGGAGGAGCGCUGCUCCCAGGGUGCUGGAUCGCUACCGUGCCAGGACUCAAGAUCCGUCUUCUCUCAAACGGGGCCUCAGUCGUUCCAUGGGUUCCCUGUCAACGCGCGAAAUAAUGAGGGUGGAUGAUGAGGUCAACCUGCAGUAUUCCCACUUAAACUAUCACCCUGACUCGGAAUACCACGGCGAACUAUGCCACAAACCUGUCGCACAGCAGCACCAGCACUCAUACCCCCACCUGCACCCAUUUCAUCCCCAGCAAAAAGGCCGACCAGUGGAACUAGAUCAGAGAUCUUUACCCUUCCACAUUGCAGACCUCAGGCCAGCUCAGAACAGGAAUUCCUGGGCCUCCUCUGUUGACUAUGCCUGUAUGGACCCAGAGGCUCUUCGAUUUGGGGCUUUGGAAGACGCACGCAGAGGCAUCAGCGCGCUAAGCACACAAACCAUUGGCAGGAUCAAAACGCCUUUUGGCGCUACCAGGGACAAAGUCUCUCGAUACUUUGAUCUUGGCGGAAUGAAAAGCAGGAACGCCCUUUACCACUCUAGUCUGUCCGUGGGAUCGGGCCUCCCCGGAGCCUACGACCGGAUCAAGGACCGGCAGAGGAAACUGCAGAAUCUGCAGCAAGCAGUGGACGAACCGUCUCUCACCCACUACCGACACCACAGUGAUUACAGUUCUUCCAGUGAAAGCCCCUCGGUCAGCUCCUCUGAUCCCGACUACAGGCAAGCUAAAAAAACAGCAGAGGGGACACGGUUUGGUUCCCAGCUGGCACUUUCCUCAGAGCACGACUCUUUAUCCCUGACCAGUCACAACACCCAAAGGCACAGGCUAUAUGAUGAAGGCCUGGCAGGAGCUGAGCUGCUCCUCCAAAAGCAGGAAAAGGAGGUACAACAGCUGCAGGCACACCUGGCAAACAGGUGUCGCACUUCCAUGCUCAACCUCCAAGACCCAACGUACAUGUCCUCGUUGCCACUUCGAAAAGCCAAGCUGUACCACGAGCCAGAGUUUGUAAAGAUGGCCAGCGAGGCCUGUGUCCCCCUCAACGUUCAAUCUUCAAUAAUGUGUAAGGGAGAAGAAGUGCAGAAGAAGAUUGGUGUGGUGUUGCUAAACGGCCAAAAGCUGGAGCUGAACUGUGACGUGAAGGCCUCGUGUAAAGACGCGCUUGACAUGGUGAUUGCACACGUCGGCCUUGUUGAGCGCCAUCUCUUCGGCCUAGCUUACCUCCAAGAUAACGAAUUCUUCUUCGUUAAUCCUGACGCCAAGCUGUCCAAAGUGGCCCCUGACGGUUGGAAGAAGAAAUCUGACAUGUCUUUUAACCUUUUCCUACGCAUUAAAUUUUUCCUUGACGAUGUUAACCUAAUUCAACAUGCUAUGACCAAACAUCAGUACUAUCUACAACUGAGGAAGGAUAUUUUAGAGGAGAGGACACGUUGUGACAUGAAAAACGCCAUCUUGUUGGCCUCCUUAGCGCUGCAGGCUGAGUUUGGUGACUACCAACCAGAGCUUCAAGGGAAGACGUACUUCCGAGUGGAACACUACCUGCCUGUGGCGGUGUUGGAUAAAAUAGACCAGACGUCCCUCAAAGAGGAGCUGCCUGAACUCCACAGCAAAUACUACGGAGCAUCUGAGUUGGAGGCAGAGUUUGAGUUUCUCAAGUUGAGCCAGACGUUGACUGAGUACGGGGUCCAUUUCCACCGGGUACUCCCAGAGAAGAGAUCCCAGACUGGCAUAAUGUUGGGCAUCUACUCCAAAGGCGUCCGCAUUUUUGAGGUCCUCAACGGAAAUCGUACACCGGUGCUGUGGUUCCCCUGGAGGGAGACCAAGAAGAUUUGUUUCACAAAAAAAAAGGUUUCCCUUCAGAACAUGUCAGAUGGGAUCAAGCAUGUGUUUCAGACAGACAGCAGCAAAACGUGUCAGUAUCUGCUGCAGCUCUGCUCUGACCAUCACAAGUUCUACCAGCAGAUGAGGGCCCACCAAAACAACCAGGAGAUCCAAGAUAUAGUGAACAGUCCCCUGAGCAAUUUGCAGUAUUCCACAGACCUUCAGGCCGCAGGUUCAGUGGGGCGGGCCUUGAGCUCAGGCAGCUUGGCCCCCGCCCUGUCAACGCAGUCCAACCCAGAGCACCUGAAGAGGAUCUCCUACUCUGAUGCAGCCCUCAACAAGGCUCCUUCCAGCCCCAUCUUAGUCCGGGAUGUGCUUCACUUUCCGGGUUUCAAUCCGGUCAAAGUCCCCCACCAUCCUCGGCCUAUAAGCCGCUCCUUGCACAAUCUCAGACAGAUAAUGGAGUCAUCCGAGCAGAGCGUUGGCAUGGGCCUGGCGCAACCCAGCAUGCGAGCCAGUUCUGACACAGACUCGCUCUCACAGCAGAUAAGCAACUCAGACUGGAGCCAUUUGGAGUCCAAAGAAGAAUCAGACUCCUCUUCCAUUGAGGAACCGGGCCAGGCAUAUGUAAUGGGAGUCAGUAUGCACAGCUCCUCUGGACCACCCUCCACUCCAACCUCUGCUAGUGAUUCACUGAAAAAAAAAGUCAAUGCUUUGCCAUCCCCAGAGAGACAAACCAGAGCGGUCAGCCUGAAGAAAGAUGCAAAAUAUGGCUUGGGGUUCCAGGUGGUGGGAGGGGAGAACUCAGGUCGUAAGGACAUGGGUACCAUCAUCAGUUCCAUCAUGCCAGGAGGUCCUGCUGACGCUAACGGCAGUCUCACACCCGGCGAUCGCCUGAUUGCUGUGAACGGCUUGAACCUUGAAGGGCUGUCUCACGCGGACACAAUCGACGUGCUUCAGAAUACUCCCGAUGAUGUCACUCUGGUGGUGUCGCAGCCCAAGGAGAGACUCUUCAAAGAGUCUCCAUCAGGCUGUAGUCCAACCAAGACCAAGUUGGCACUACCAGCAAAAAAGCGUCAAGAACUGGAGGUUCCCAUAGAGAUGCACACAUCAACAGUGCGCUCCAUCCCUCAAUUGUGCAGGUCUGGCUCUUCAUCACCCACUCUCCCCGCUGCCAAUCAACCCAACGACGCCCUGGGCUCUCAGCUCUCUUCUGGAGACAUCCCCAGGUCUAUCCCAACCAUAAUACAACCCUCUUCUAGUCAAGUCCAGCUGUGCCUCGAAAGAGCGAAUAACACAUUUGAGUCGGUCGGCCAAGAUCCUCGACCAGAAGUCGCAUUGGAUCCUCCGCCGCCAGCGUUGCCACCCAAAACCAGGAAGACUAAAGUCUUGGAGGUUCCUAAGAUUUUGGAGCCUGACGGGGGAGAUUCAGACAUGGAUGAGGAGAGUCUCUCCAAUAAUCAGGACACAGUAAAGGUCAAAAAGGACAACAACAUGGAAAUGUUAAAUGGUAUUGCCCCGGGGGUCAAUAGUCUCCACCCCGGGGAACUAUUUGACAUUGUGCUGUCGAAAAAAGACAGCAGCCUGGGCAUAAGUGUCACGGUACUGUUCGGCAAGGGGGGCGUGAACACAACUAUUCAGCACGGAGGCAUCUACGUGAAGGCCAUUAUGCCAGAAGGUGCUGCAGAGCUUGACGGAAGGAUACAGAAAGGAGAUCGCGUGGUGGCCGUCAACGGAAAGUCACUAGAGGGCGCCUCUCACCAACAGGCAGUAGACGUUCUUAGAGACACAGGCCAGACUGUGCAUUUGUUGCUCGAGAAAGGUCACUCGCCUACAGAACGGGUCCACGCUCCACUCACGCCUCAGUGCACGCUGUUGAAUGGGAGGGUUGUCCGAGAGCAGAGCACGGGCAAAAUUCUUAGGGACAAGCAGGAUUACAGCUUUUUAACACCAGAUAAUGUUUUUGAGGUGCUGCUAAUGAAGAAUACAUCAGGACUGGGCUUCAGCUUCAGUCGAGAGGAAAUCACAGACGAGUCCCCAGUAUCCAGCAUGGUGCGGGUUAAGAAGUUAUUUCCCGGCCAGCCAGCUUCCGAGAGCGGGCGCAUCAACGUGGGUGAUGUGAUCAUGCGUGUCAAUAAAACUCCCCUCAAAGGACUCUCACAGCAUGAGGUGAUAUCAGCUUUGCGAGGAACAGGACAGGAAGUGACGUUGCUUCUCUGUAGGCCUGAACUUGGAGUUCUCCCUGAGGUGGAGACCUCUGCUUUGUCACACAACCCAUCACCCCGUAGAGAGCAGUCCACCCCGCCCAAGCCACUGCUGGAUGGGAGCAGGUCCACAUCUUUGACUGAGGACACAAGGAGUCAGGGCAGCGUAGAAGAGGCCCUAGAGAGAUUACGACUCAAACCCAACAGCAGCACGGAGGACCUUCGUGAGAGGCUGCCUCUUAAAAGCACUGGCACCGUGGAGGACAUCCUUGAGAGGCUGCAGGGCAAGACCCCGGCCCGACGCAACAGCUACAGUGACAGCACAGAUGGUGACGAGGAGGUGGAGAAAGCUUUCAGCCUGAGUGCCUUGGAGCACAACAGACAGAUGUGGGAGCAAAGCAUCUACCAGACCCCCAGCAGCAGCCCAGAUGACAGCGUCCACUCUCCUUUCUACUCGCCAUACCAGGCUAUCACCAAUUUGGACGUGAGCGAGAGGAGACGAGAGCCUGUUCUAAUGGCUGGGCCAAGCCCUGAUCCCCUGCCUCCUCCUCUGCCGAUGCCCUUAAACCUCUCAAUGGCUGGAAAUGGACCAGAGAUGGACGAAUUUUUACCAGAAGUGGAGCUGAAGGUCUCCUUGAUGAAGUCUGAAAAGGGCAGCUUGGGCUUCACACUGACCAAAGGCAGUGAUCAUAGCUGUUACAUCCACGACAUAGUCCAAGAUCCGGCCAAAUGUGAUGGAAGGCUUAGGCAUGGGGACAGAAUGAUCAAGGUGAACCAAACAGAUGUGACCAAUAUGGGCCACACCGAGGUGGUAGACCUUGUGCGUGCGGCCCCUCGUGUGGUUGACUUGGUAGUAGGGAGAACCCUGGAUGCCCCCAACCCCCCCAUUGAUGCCCACCUGCUGCCUGAUAUCGCCUUCAAAGACACUCAGAAACCACUUGGUUUGGUGCUAGAUGGCGGCAGGGACAGCAUGUACGGGGUCUUGUUUGUGAAGGACAUAUUAGUAGGAUCAGCUGCCUUUGAAGAGGGUAGUCUGAGACCACUGGACGUCAUCCACUAUAUCAGUGGUGCUCCGACUCAGGACCUCACCCUUAGUGAGAGUAGCAGACUGUUGGAUCUCUCCCGCGCAGACAUGACGCUUAAAGCCACAAGGGAUGGCAUGCCUGUUCACCCGGGGAAGAAAAGUGUGACUUCUCUCAACAACAACAUUAGCACCAAAGUGCCACCUGGCGUCAAUGGUUUCCUACCAGCAGAAGAUCCAACAGAGACAGAGUUUUUCGCUGCACUGUCUUUCUUAGAGGAGGAGCUCAUCAAGUUGGAGCUGAAGAAGCCAAAGUCAGGUGGUCUGGGUUUCUCUGUGAUCGGUGGCGAGAAAGGCAUCUUCGUCAAGUCCAUCACAGCAGGAGGUGUUGCCGAGGCCUCUGGGAAGCUUCAAGUGGGAGACAGGCUGCUUAAAGUAAAUGACGAGCUGAUGACAGGCGUCUCGCACACCAAAGCUGUUACCACUAUCCGCAUGACUAAAGGUCUGGUACGAAUGACGGUGUCCAGGCCGCCGGACCAGAACCCCAACACAUAUCUGGCCUACCUGCCCAUCAAUGAUGACACAUGUAAUGGAAACACAGAUCUUAGCGAGGACAGCGGCGUCAAGACCAAGUUUGGUAGUCUCCACAAGAGGCUAAAAAGCAGCAGCUUCCCUAAGUUACCACCAACAGGUAAAAAAUACCAAAGACAAGCAAAAGACUACAACGAAGAGCCGCCCCAACAGAAAAGGGUGCGCAGCGGCGAACACUCCGAGGACACGGACUAUGACGGCUCCUCCUUACCCGAAGACUCGCCUGAGAGUUCACGCAAAGUUGAUUGUUUAGAGCAGAGCGUGGACGGACCCAGCAAUGAAAAUCAGCCGGAAGACGAUGACAUCAUCACGUGGGAAAGUGACGAGCUGCCUGUUGAAAAUGAUGGACCAAUCAUCACAGAGGAGGAGCUGACCUCCUUACCACUGGUUGAGGUGGUCCCUGACGGCCAGUAUACGGGUCCCAAGCUCAACUCUGUGGUCCGUAUGAUCAGGGGACUUUUGGACCAGAAUGUCCCUCAGCAAGAGUUUGAGAAUCUUCAAAACCUCGAACCUCUGGAUGACUGCUUAAUCGGCCAGACCAAGGAGAACAAGAAGAAGAACCGCUACAAAAAUAUCCUCCCUUUCGACACCACUCGAGUGGUCCUGGGCAACAAUGGCUACAUCAACGCCAACUUCAUCAAGAUGGCGGUGAAGGAUGAGACCUUCCUUUACAUCGCCAGCCAGGGACCCUUGCCCACCACCAUGGGCGACUUCUGGCAGAUGGUGUGGGAACAGAAGUCAAACGUGGUCGCCAUGAUGACGCAGGAAAUUGAGGGUGGCAAAGUCAAGUGUCAGCGCUACUGGCCCGACUCGCCGGGCACCACAGAGAUGGUGGCUGAACACUUACAGGUCACGCUGAUGAAAGACCAAUAUUUGGACCACUUUGUCAUACGACUCAUUGAAGUCAAAGAUGUCCAGACCAAUGAAACUCAGCACGUGACCCACCUGAACUACACAGGAUGGCCCGACCACGGGACGCCCUCACAACCGGAUCAGCUGCUCCCCUUCAUCUCCUACAUGAGGCAUGUCCAUAGCUCGGGACCUAUAGUCACUCACUGCAGCGCCGGGAUAGGACGUUCUGGAACCCUCAUUUGUAUCGACGUGGUUCUGGGCCUCAUCAGUAAAGACGCUGAUUUUGAUAUUUCAGAUGUGGUCCGAAACAUGAGACUUCAGCGAAAGGGAAUGGUCCAAACUGAGGACCAGUAUAGUUUCUGCUACCGAGUGAUCCACUUCGUCCUGGAGUGCCUUCAAGACGAGAAGAACAUCUCAGGAUAGUUCCCAGACAUCACGUAUCGCAGCCAAGUGGAGGAGAGCUAGCACCGGGGGGCAUGGCCAAAUCUUGUUUUUAAUAUACCGUUGAAUAUUAAUCCCCCUGGCCCCCACAAGUGUCCGUUCUUUUAAAGAAGUCUAUAUUUUUAUUUUGUUUGCUUUUUUUCCUCUUCGUUCCUUUCCUUUUGGCUGCUACUCCCCCGAUGCUAUGAUGAGAACUGCUGAUUGUAUUUCUUCUAUCACCUGUAAGAGAACAGGAAUGUUUUAUUUGCCAGAUUCUUGGAUGAAUGCUCAAAUGAUUAGAAAUGGACGAAUGACAUCAAAUUAUUAUAUAUGGAACAAAAUUGUUACUAUUUUGAAUCUCCUUUUUGAUGCUGGAACAUGCCUUGACAGAAUACUAUGUCAGUAUUUGCUUCGCUCGCUGCCUGAAGGUAAAUGAUUGUGUACAUAUUCAUCUCCUGAAAAUUAAACUGGAUACAUUUUA